AUGGCCACUGAUCGACGAGCCGUUAUCAAGAAUGCCGAUAUGGCCGAAGACAUGCAACAGGAUGCGGUGGAAUUGUGUGCCAUGGCAAUGGAAAAGUAUAACAUAGAGAAGGAUAUUGCAGCUUACAUUAAGAAGGAGUUCGACAGAAAGUACAAUCCCACUUGGCACUGUAUUGUUGGCAGAAACUUUGGAAGGUCAGUCAGUCAACCUUGUGUGCACAAUGCCUUGCUCCACAUAAACUCCUAUCAUCAUGCUAGUCCGCGUGUGUGGUGUAUGCCUGCAAGAGAUGGUUUAUUUGAAUGGGUUAUAUUUGAUGAUUUAAAAUAA